CGGGGUAGAGGGUGGCUCCGCCUACUUGCCUUUCUGGGCUCUGUCCCUUGGCUCGGGGCCAGCUGUAGCUGCUGCUUUCAAGUCUCCAGCACCGGCUGGUGGCGUCCGUGCGCUUUUGUGUCGUGGGGACGCUCGGAGCGUGACGUCCUCCGGCCGCGGGACGGGCCCGUCCCAGCCUAGUCUAGCCAUGGGCCUGAUAUUUGCUAAGCUGUGGAGUUUCUUCUGUGACCAGGAACACAAAGUAAUAAUAGUGGGACUUGACAAUGCAGGAAAGACCACCAUUCUUUACCAGUUCUUAAUGAAUGAAGUGGUCCACACGUCUCCAACCAUAGGAAGCAAUGUUGAAGAAAUAGUAGUAAAAAAUACCCAUUUCCUUAUGUGGGAUAUUGGAGGACAGGAGUCAUUACGGUCAUCAUGGAACACCUAUUAUUCAAAUACGGAGUUCAUCAUUCUUGUUGUUGACAGUAUUGACAGAGAACGACUUUCUAUCACAAAAGAAGAACUUUACAAAAUGUUGGCACAUGAGGAUUUACGGAAGGCUGCAGUUCUCAUCUUUGCAAAUAAGCAAGACAUGAAAGGUUGUAUGACAGCUGCUGAAAUAUCUAAAUACCUCACCCUUAGUUCCAUAAAGGAUCACCCAUGGCACAUACAGUCCUGCUGUGCUUUGACUGGAGAAGGAUUAUGCCAAGGUCUGGAAUGGAUGACCUCCCAUAUUGGAGUGAGAUAACUUGUUGCAAAAGAGACUGCAUCUGUUUAUUCUGUGAACAUGAACAUUUUCCUGGUACUUCUGGUUGCUAAGGCAGCGACCAUGUUUAAUUUAUAAUGACAGAAACCACUGAGCAGCACUUGAAUCAAGUGCAGCUGAACUGAAACACAAAGUAUUUUUAACUUUUUUAAUGCACUACUCUUCCACAGGAUGAACAUGUGAAUCUGUUUCAGUAUCAAAGUUCUCCUGGCUAUUCUAAUUUUUCAGUGGUUGCCUUGUAAGAUAUCUUUCAUCAUGGAAAAUCUUUCACACUUGAUUUUUGUAAUGAUGCAAACUGCUUCUGUAAUUUACUACCAUAGAUAAAUUUCUUCAUUAACACUGGAAAAAAAAUGAGUAGAUUGACAUUUACCCUAGCAUAGCUUUAAUGAUUUCAAAAGAUUGGGCUAUCUGUGUUCAGAUAGCCAUAUCUGCAACGGGGCUAUCUCCAAGGCAGGUUUUAGGUAUGUUAAGAAUUGAAAUAGUCAGCAUUGAAACAGUUAUUUAAUGUGUAACUGAAUUUCUGCCUUAAGAAAACACACCCUUUUUUAUUCCCACAUAAAGUAAGUAGUUCUGGGUCAUAUUUUUACCUGAAAACACAACUUUGCUGGGUAGAUAAAAAUCAGUUUCUAUUUAAUUAAAAUGCAUUUUUCUUUUUAAAAAUGAACCAGUUAAAAAAAUUGAAAUUUUGACAACAUAUUAAUUGCUAAAUUUAGUGUAAUUUAUUAAAAACAACAAGGAGUCUGGGGGUGGCACCUUAAAGACUAACGGGUUUAUUUGGGCGUAAGCU